CUCCCCUCACCGAAACUCGAAAAUAUCCCAAACUGUCUCCAAUGGCUUCCUCCUCUCUGCGCUUCAUCCUCCCUCCUCCAACGCCCCUCUCCCGCCAAAAACCCACCACCACCAUCCUCAAAUGCUCCCAAAACCCAAACCCAAACCCCGAAAACGGAUCCGCAUCCACAUCCGAUAUCGAAACCCGUAAGAAGCUCUCCCUCCUCAAGGAAUCCCGCCAAGGCUCCGCCCUCGAAAAACCCGAACCCCCAAACUUCGAAAUAGGCUGGAAACGCACCAAAGAGAUAAAGCACGAGAAGCCCAAAGGGUGGCAGAUCGCCGAUUUCUUGGAAAAGCUGGAAUCUUUGAUGGGCCGCGAGUACGGAUCGAAGGAGCUGCUCGCUAAAGUUGGGUACAUUGUGGCGGAGAGAGCAAGGGAGGAGGCGGAGGUUUUGAGGGAGGGAGGCGAGGUUGAGGAGAGGAUGCUGACGGAGUUGUAUAGGGUUUUGAAGCUGAUGGAGAUGGAUUUUGAGAUGGUGAAGGCGGCGGUGAAGGAGGAGACGGUGAAGGAGCGGGUCGAGGUUGCUAAGGCGAGGUGUCGGCAGGCUAUACUCGUCGCGUUGUCGUUUUGAAUUUUCUCCUCUCAGGAAAUAGAUUCACAUUCCAAUGUGCUGCAGGCAUUCAAGCUUGGUUAGAAUGAGACUAUUCUGAUUCUGGCAGCAGUUCAGAUUGAGAAGGAUAUUAGCAUUAGCAGGAGGAAAAUCGUAGAAGGUGCUCAUUGAGACCAAGUUUCUGCUUCUUGGUAUUCAAUAAGCAAGAGGUAAAUGAAAUUUCUUUUAGGGAAAAAGAGCCUCAUUGCAUCUUAUUGUCAAUAAAAGAGCAGAGCUGGUAGGAGUGUUUAUGUUGUAAUAGCUUGAUAUCGAGAGGUACACAGGAAAAUACAAUGUUACACUUUUUCUAUCGCAGUGUGUGAGUCAAAAUUCUUUAAGUUUGACAGAAUUGUAAAGGACUUUUAUAAAUGACUUGUGCUAGAGUUGUAUGAA